AUGGAUAUCUUGAUCGAGCCAGACUGCUACAAGGUGUGCCGCAUUUGCAUGGAAAGCUGCGAGGAUGAUUUCGUGUGCGUUUACGACGAGUUCGAGGAUGUGCUGCUGAGCGAGGUUAUCAAGGAGUGUGCACGGGUCGAAAUACGCAAGAAUGAUGCACUGCCACGGAAUGCGUGCCGGAACUGUGCUGAGUACAUGAUCAUUGCGUACCACAUUAUACAGAAAUGUCGUGACUCGGACGUUACGCUUCGAUCCAUCUUCAAGCACGAACUGAACCUGCAUCGGGAUGAAAAGAAAACGGAUUCGUCGGCAGUUACGGGACUGCGUGCAGAAGAUAUGGACCCGUCCGGCUAUGAGUUUCUGCUUGCCAACGGUUACGACGACAUGAUGCUAGCCGAGGAGGGUAUGUUGUUGGAGAACACGAAUGCAAAUUGUGACUUCGCACCGUCCAGCGAUAAGAAAACAGAUGAUGCGGAAGCGUUUGCUGAAACUGCUAUCCAGCAGUUGUUGCCCAUACAACCUUCUCAGCAGGACUAUCAGCAACAGCAAGAAGAUACUGCUCAACACCAGGAAUUGCACACGAAUCAAAUGAAGCCAGUAUUUUCGAAUGAAGACGUAGCUCUGAUUCUGAAGUACGAUGGUCUAGUUAUGGGCAAGAACGAUGCGGUUCACGAGUCUAGCGAAACCAACGAAGAGGACGCUUCGGUCAUUGUUCCUGAGUGGCAGCAAAAGUGUUGCGGUUGUCGGAAACUGUUUGAUAGCGAGCAAAGCUUACGGGAACACUGUCAAACCGUUCAUCUGCCGGUUGAAACAUCCCCAUCUAGGAGUGCCAUGAAUGAAGAAAAGCCGUUGCGCUGUAUGUUGUGCUUUAAGCGCUUCAGCAGCCAACAGCUGCUCAAGGAACAUCAACGAUCCGUUAACCGGAAGUAUGCCUGUCCGCAGUGUGGCAAGCGAUUUAUGACACAAGAAAACCUAGACAUUCACAGCAAAUGCCACAAGAAUACGGAAACGUACAAAUGCUGCGGCUGCCGGAUGGAUUUUGAGCAGGAACUAGACCUGUUAGUACAUUCACAGGAUGUACACCGGCCCGAACGAACAUCCGAUGCUCAAAAACCGUUCGAAUGUGACACGUGCUAUCGGCGCUACCCGACACGAAAAUCGCUAGCAACGCACAAACGACUGAUCCGCCAAUACCAAUGCCAACUGUGUGGUGCCAUGUUUAUGAAGCAACUCUUCCUGAAACUUCAUGUGGAGCGGGCACACAGCCAACAGCAGGCUGUAGAAAAGCUUCGGCGAUGCUGCGGUGGUUGCAAGGAAGAGUUCGAAGAUGCUGCUGCCUUGCGGGAACAUUCCGAGCGCGUUCACAAACCCACCGGCGAUGGUUCGACCGGUUCCGGGACGGACGAUGGUAAACCAUUCGAAUGUAACAUCUGUCGGAAGCGCUUUGCGUCGGUAUUCUUUUUACUGCAACACCAGCAAAAGGUAUACCGGCCGAAGUGCUACCCGUGCACAAUCUGUGGCCGUACGUUUGGGAGAGCCCACGACCUUUCCAACCACAAGACAACGCAUUCGAACGAAAUGCCCUUCGAGUGUAGUGUGUGUGGACGGCGGUUUAAGAACAAACUCUACCUGAAGAACCAUCUCAAGUUGCACACGAGCAAUGCCAAGGAUCAGGUGUGCGUCGAGUGUGGAAAAGGUUUCCGGACGAAGGAUUUACUCAAGACCCACCUCAUAAGCCACUCGCAGGAGCGCAAAUACGCCUGCAAAGCAUGUCCGGCCACUUUUAAACGGUUGCAGUGUCUGAAAAUUCACACUCGCGUCCAUACGCGCGAGAAAGCAUUCGAGUGUACCGUUUGUCGGAAACGAUACGUCCAGUCGUCCGAUCUGAAAAGGCACAUGCUCACACACAACCCCGGCGACGAAGGGAAACCGUUCCAGUGCGAGUACUGUUUGAGAAGAUAUCCGCGAAAGGACUAUCUGAAGGUACACAUCCGGAAACAGCAUCUGGAAAAAACGGAUAUCGGACAGGGGAUAUUGCUGCAGGAUGUGGGUCUGGGGGAACCACUGAAUGAGAAUGCGAAUGAGAUUGAUGAUUUCAUGCACUGUUAG